AUGAAGUUUCUAUACGUCAUUAAUAUACUAUUACGGUGCCUUGUCUCUGUUCAUUGCGUCAAUUUUCCGUGGGAGAGCGUACACUUGACAGACAAUGAGGUCCAAGGACAUCCCGAAAUUGCCUUUGGAAACCGGCCAACUCCUCUAAUGAUCUUCUCAAAUGGUACAAACACAACGACCUGCAAAACAUAUCCUGGGGAUAUCAACUGGCCAAGUCUCAGCAUAUGGAAUGAGUUCAACAAGACGCUCGGGGGAGCACUUAUCAAAUCAAUCUCCCCAGUCUCGGUGUGCUACCGUGGAGUGGAUUAUAACGCUGCAAAAUGCGCCUAUGUGAGGGAAAACUACGCAAAUUCUACCUUCGAGACGGACGACCCAGCUGCCCCAGUAGCUCCGUGGGUCGAAGGCAAUACGUGUCCACUCCCGCCAGCAUCUGGAAAUGCAUCCUACACCAAUUCGAGUUGCACUUCCGCUGGUUAUCCGGCUUACGUAGUCAAUGCUACAACUGUUAAACAUAUACAGCUAGCAGUCAACUUUGCCCGUAAUACCGAUAUUCGCUUGAUCAUCAAAAACACUGGGCAUGAUUUCCUGGGCAAGUCGGUUGGCGCUGGGUCCCUUAGCAUAUGGUCUCACAACCUCAAAGGCUUCAAGUAUCUUCCUUCUUUCAGCAUUGGCGACUACCAAGGAAGAGCUGCAAGGGUAGGAUCAGGUAUGCAGUCCUAUGAAAUCCAGAGAUCGCUUAUUGGACUUGAUGCCACCAUCGUGGUUCCUGGAGGAACCACUGUGGGGGCUAUUGGGGGCUUUUUCCAAGGAGGUGGACACUCAACACUUACUUCAUUGUAUGGCUUGGGUUCUGAUCAAGUGCUGGCAAUAAAUGUUGUAACCGCUGAUGGACGUUUUAUUACGGUUGAUCCUGAUAACAACGACGACCUCCUCUACGCAAUGCGUGGGGGCGGCCCAGGGACAUGGGGUGUUGUAACCUCUGUGAUCUACAAGGCGCACGAAUUAACUCCAAUCUCAACCUCGCCAAUUCGAUUCGCAGGCGCCGCACCCGGUAAAAAUAAUACAGCAUUUCCUCUAGAAGCUUUUUGGGCCGGUAUCCGGGCCUACUUCAAAUUUUCACCUCAAAUCUGUGAUAGGGGUGGUAUCGGAUACAACUUUAUCAAGCAUGAAGGUACCAACAACGACACCCUCACAUUUACCGCCGAUCUCAGAAUGCCAUUUAUGAGCGUUAAAGAGGUUAGAGCGUUCGCAGCACCCCUCAUCAAAGAACUCAACAAAGUUGGCCUAAAUAUCACGAAUCCAGUCCCCACGCAUGACACUGGAAUUGCCUUUACCCUGGGCUCCAUAGGUGACAAGGUUGGAAAUUCUCGGUUCGCCACUCGUCUCUUCCCUCGCAAAAACUUCGAGGACGAAGACAAGCUUGAUAGCACUACACGUGCCAUCCACUCGUUCGUAGACGGCGGUUACAAUUUCCACGGCAUCAACUAUUGCCCGACAGAGGAAGUCGCUGGAUACCCAGACAACGCCGUCAACCCAGCCUUCCGCAAGACUGCUAUGCAUGCUGAGGCCUUCGACACUUCGCCAGCUAUUGGUCCAGCCGCGGAACAAAUUGCCCGCUACCAGCGGUUCCGGAAAUACUUUCAAGGAUUUAUUGAUGUAAGUCCCGGCGCAGGAUGCUAUCUCAAUGAGGCGGACGUUGCGGAACCGAACUGGCAGCAGGCUUUCUAUGGAGAUAACUAUAAGCGCCUGUUACGCAUUAAGAAGGAUAGGGAUCCGUGGGGUUUGUUUUGGAUGCCUACUGGGGUUGGGAGUGAGGACUGGGAAGUGAAAGCCCCGGGGGGGCUGCCGACGCAGAAUGGAAGGCUGUGUAAGAUCUUCGGCUAA